GUGUGGACUGUCCCUUCCUGUUUUAGUGCCGAGACAGCCACCGUACCGACACAUCGGAGCAGGGAUACACUUUCAACGUGAUUAUGUCUGUUUUUUCGCUCUGCGUAUCAAACAAUCGCUUAUUUAUACCUCGGCGUUGGAGCCAGAGUGUACCGUGUUAGCGCCGUCGGGGAAGCCGCUGUGUAAUGUUAUGUUAUGUUAUGUUACGGAUCGCUCGUAACAUAGCAGGCCUAUUUACUGCGCUGCCAACCCUUGUUCCUUUCCUGUGUCAAUGAGUGUCCUACCCUCACUCUCAUGGCGGAGACUAAAAUCAUAUACCACAUAGACGAGGAGGAGACUCCUUAUCUAGUUAAAUUAUCAGUCUCUCCGGAAAAAGUCACCUUAGCGGAUUUUAAAAAUGUCCUCAACAAUCGCCCAGUCAACAGCUACAAAUUCUUCUUCAAAUCGAUGGACCAGGAUUUCGGGGUGGUCAAAGAGGAGAUUUCCGAUGACAACGCCAAGCUGCCCUGCUUCAACGGGAGAGUGGUUUCAUGGUUGGUACUGGCGGAGAGCGCACACUCUGACGGGGGGUCCCAGUGCACGGAGAGCCACCCGGAGCUGCCCCCCCCCCUGGAGAGAACGGGGGGCAUCGGAGACUCACGGCCCCCCUCCUUCCAUGCUAACGCGGUGAGCAGUCGCGACGGCCUUGACACGGAGACGGGCACCGAGUCCCUACUCAGCCACCGGCGGGAGCGGGAACGGGAGCGGGCGCGGCGGAGAGCGCGGGAGACGGAGAUCCCCCGCAUCAACGGCCACGCCAAGUCGGAGCGCACGGCGCGGGACUCGGCCAUGGGCUACGACAGCGCCUCGCUGAUGAGCAGCGAGCUGGAGUCCAGCUCCUUCGUGGACAGCGAGGAGGACGAGGACGCCAGCAGACUGAGCAGCUCCACCGAGCAGAGCUCCUCCUCUCAGCUGAUGCGCCGACACAAGCGCCGCCGACGGAGGCACAAGGUGGCCAAGAUAGACCGGUCCUCCUCGUUCAGCAGCAUCACCGACUCCACGAUGAGCCUCAACAUCAUCACCGUCACGCUCAACAUGGAGAAAUACAACUUCCUGGGCAUCAGCAUCGUGGGCCAGAGCAACGACCGGGGCGACGGGGGCAUCUACAUCGGCUCCAUCAUGAAGGGCGGGGCGGUGGCCGCGGACGGCAGGAUAGAGCCCGGGGACAUGCUGCUACAGGUGAACGAUGUGAACUUUGAGAACAUGAGCAACGACGACGCGGUCAGGAUACUCCGAGAGAUCGUGUCUAAAACUGGUCCCAUUAGUCUUACUGUUGCCAAGUGCUGGGACCCCUCCCCCCGCAGCUACUUCACCAUCCCCCGCGGCAUUCACAGUGCAUGGUCUCCUGUGAUGUUUUCCUGUCCAGCCGAGCCAGUGAGGCCCAUUGACCCCGCUGCCUGGAUCUCCCACACCACGGCCCUGACCGGCCCCUACCCACACUACGAAUUCGAUGACCUACCGCUGUCGGCGAGCAAGACAGACAUGGCGACCAUCGUCAAGGUGAUGCAGUUGCCCGACUCCGGUCUGGAGAUUCGAGACAGGAUGUGGCUGAAGAUCACCAUCGCCAACGCCGUUAUCGGUGCGGACGUGGUGGACUGGCUGUAUUCCCGGGUGGAGGGCUUCAAGGACCGGCGCGACGCCAGGAAGUACGCCAGCAGCCUGCUGAAGCACGGCUACCUGAGGCACACGGUCAACAAGAUCACCUUCUCCGAGCAGUGCUACUACACCUUCGGAGACCUCUGUCAGAAUAUGGCGUCGCUCAACCUGAACGAGGGCUCCAGCGUGGGGGGCUCUGAGCAGGACACCCUGGCGCCCCUGCCCCCCAGCACCAACCCCUGGCCCCUGGGCGGGCAGCCCUUCCCCUACCCCCCGUUCCCCUCCGCCCCGCCCAGCUUCCCCCCCGGCUACUCAGACCCCUGCCACAGCUUCCACGGCGGCAGCGCCGGCAGCCAGCACAGCGAAGGGGGCACUAGUGCACCACUCUACCCAGUACUGUUGGCAAAGGACGAAGAGGAAGUGAACUGUACAUUUUGUUGGACACAGUUGAUGCGGCUCUGCAAACCUGUAAAUACACAAAACCGCCAUGCCUGUGUUUUCACAGUCCUACAACCUGGGACAGGUAGCAGGAGUAGCGGCUCCAACCCCAGCGCCGGGAAGGCCCGGCGCUCCUCGCCCCAGGAGAAGGCCCAGCGCUCCACCUGCAGCGAGUCGGAGCCCGGCGUACGGGCGGCCCGACGCGGCAGCGACCGCUCCGCCAGCCAAACAAGCCACGCCCACAGCCACGCCCGCUCCGGCUUCAGCCACACGCAGUCCCACCGGAGCCACCCCCACUCCCAGCACAGCCACCCGUCCUUCGCCUACAGCCAGGGCCCCCCGGGGCCCCUGAGCCCCCUCAGCCCCCCGGGGCCCGGGUCCUGCGCCCACAGCGAGCGCAGCCACGCCUCGUCCUACGGGCCCCCGGGGCUGCCUCCCCCUUACUGCCUGGCCCGCUUGGCCCCCAAGACCCCCGCCACCAGCAGCACGCCCCCUGGAGCCCCCCCCGGGAGGGAGCUGGCCGCCGUCCCGCCCGAGCUCACCGCCAGCCGCCAGUCCUUCCAGCACGCCAUGGGAAACCCCUGCGAGUUCUUCGUUGACAUCAUGUGACCCUCUUGGGAGAUGUUGCCGAUAGAAUCCUCUUGAGCAUAAACAAAUGACCCUCUCUCUCUCUCUCUCUCUCUCUCUUUCUCUCUCUCUCUCUCUGUCUCUCUCUGUCUCUCUCUGUCUCUCUCUCUCUCUCUCUCUCUCUCUCUCUCUCUCUCUCUCUCUCUCUCUCUCUCUCUCUCUCCAUCUGACCGGCCACUGACCCUGAAGUCAGAGAGGAGAGGCUGGGAGCCAUGGCGACGUGGUCUCUCCGGUGUCCAGGCAACGGAAUGAAAAAGCACAAGGAGAGGGAAUCCUCUCUCUCUCUCGCUCUCUUUUUCUCUCUCAAACACACACACACACACACACACACACACACACACACACA